CCACACUGCCGGGCCACUGGGCGCAUUUCGCAUUCACGGAGCACUGGUGAUGCUCAGUAGAGCGGUUCGCCCCGCGAGCCGUCAAAGCACUUGGCGUGCCAUGGCAGCUGCAAUACGAGCAGCAGAGAAGGGGCUGGUGGAGGGUGCUUCUCCGAAGCACAUCAUACGAGCAGCGACCAAAGCGGCCAGACGCAUUUGUCAGGAGGUCCAAGCAAGAAGGACGCGUGCCAAAGUUGCGCGGUCCCGAAGGAAACCGAGCUCAAAGAAAGCCUCGGAGACUUCAGGGCUCCAGGCUGACGCUCAGUCCCUGGCAACGAGGGCAGCAACUUGUCGAGAGGCUUGGGACGCCACGGGGGCUGUGAAGGUUAUCCAGGAAGCUGCGAAACGGAUGGAGCUGGAGCCCCCAACUG